AUGGCGGUUCGGAUAUUCCGUCUCUCUGACUCAUUGGCAGGCCUCUUCUCCGCGAAUCACGCCAUGCCUGCACCGCUUGUGGCUCGGAAAGCUGCUCAACAAACAGGAAAGCCCGGCGGGCGAAGUUCGGAGAAACACCGAGGCGACGCGAGCCCGCCAGCGUCGGCGCAAGGCUCGGGGUUUAAGAAGAAAGUUGGAGGUUUGGAGCAGUCGCAUUCAGGCAAGCACGUCCCAGCCAAUGGCAGGAAGCCAUCUGGACACGAAGCCAAGGCCGGGAGCUCAUCAGCACCUCGUAAUAGCUACAUUCGAGACACCGAUUCGCUCGAAAAGGCCGUUCCCAGUCACAGCCACCGUUACAGUCACGACGGCGUGAGCGAUUUUUCGCAGACUCGCGUGAGGUCCGGCAUCGACGCGCUGUACGCGGGAGGCGAGGGCCUCCCCCGGCGCAUCAACUUCCUCCCCGCGCGCCACCCCGACGCGCACUCCGCGCUCCCGGUGGGCCUUAAACCGCUGAAUGCGGCCGAUCCGAGCCGCGAGCCACGUGGCAGGCAGCCAGUGGUCGGAUCGGAGGGCGACGACAGGGGGAAGGCGAAGGAGGGGAAGAGAAAGGGAGAGAAGGAGCGGCGCGAGUCGAGUGAGAGGGAGCGGGACGGACUGGAGGGGCGGCUGGAUCGCUCUGACGUGGCGUUGGAAUGGCGGCAAAUACGGCCCAUUGGAGCGGGGUUGAGCAACCUGGGCAACACAUGUUUCAUGAACUCCGUCCUGCAGUGCCUCACGUACACGCCGCCCCUCGCCAACUACCUCUCGCAGUCACCCCACUCCUCUACCUGCAGGGUGGCGGGGUGGUGUGCGCUAUGUGAGAUGGAGUCGCAUGUGCCGAGGGCAGUGGGCGGAACGGGCAAGGUCGUCUCGCCUACAGGCUUCGUGCGCAACGUCAAGAGUGUGGCGAGGUCAUUCAAGGCGGGCAGGCAGGAGGACGCACACGAGUACAUGCGCUGCCUGCUAGACGCCCUCCACCGAUGCUGCCUCCCGCCCAAACGAGCCUCCGCCUCAGGCUCGGCCGCUGACCCUGCCUUUGCGCCGAGGCUAAUGAACACGUUCGUGCACCGAACGUUCGGGGGGUAUCUGUGCAGCCAGGUGCAGUGCACCGUGUGUGGGUACUGUUCCCGAACCUACGACCCGUUCCUGGACCUUAGCCUCGAGAUUGUCCGAGCCGACUCGGUGACCAAGGCUCUGCAUCGAUUCACAUCAGAAGAGGCUUUGGAUGGGGCGAACAAGUACAAGUGCAGCAAGUGCAGGAAGAAGGUGCGGGCGCUGAAGAGCUUUGCAGUGGAAGAAGCACCUCCCGUUCUGACUGUUCACCUGAAGCGCUUCGCUGCACUCACAGGUCGCAAGCUGGACAAGCACGUGGCCUUCCCGCCCUCCCUCGACCUCUCGCCCUUCAUGACCUCCUCCCGCCCCUCCACAAGCAGCUGCGGCGGCAGCAGCAGGGAGGGUGGAGGUGGAGUUGGGGCUGGGGGUGGGGGUGGGGGUGGGGGUGGGGAUAGUAGGGGCGGAAAGUACAGUCUGUAUGGGGUGUUGGUGCAUGCGGGUUGGUCCACCAACUCGGGGCACUACUACUGCUACGUGCGUGGGCCGUCAGGCACGUGGAGUGCCAUGGAUGAUGCGCGGGUGCAGCAGGUGAGCGAGAAGACUGUGCUGCAGCAGCGCGCCUACCUCCUCUUCUACGUCCGCCAAACCCCCCCGCCUGCUGCUGCUGCUGCUGCUGCUGCUGCUGCUGGUGCUGCUGCUGCUGGUGCUGCUGGUGCUGCUGCUGGUGCUGCUGGUGCUGCUGCUGGUGCUGCUGCUGCUGGUGCUGCUGCUGUUUCACCUUCUGCUACUGCUCGUGGUGCCCAAACCUCUGCAGCUAUGGCGCCUGCUGCAGCGGCUGGUGGUGAAGCGGAUUUGAAAAAGAAAGGCAAGGCAGCAGCACCGCAUGUAGAGGCGUUCAUGCACGUGCACGCACAGGGUGAGGCGCAGGAAAAGGAACAGGCAGAGGCACAAGGAGUAACACAGGAGCGGUUGCAGGAAAGUGCAGGCAGAAAAGCGAGCAAGGACAGGGUGGGAGCAGCAGUGGGCGAGGGUACAAACCUGGGCAGCAGCGUUGCACGCAAGACCAAGGAGAGGGCCGGUGUGAAAGGUGAAGGGAGCGGGGCAGUGACGAUGGAUGUGAGCGGGUGGCAAGGGGCGGUGGAGGCUUUGGUAGAAGGGGGGAAGUGGGAAGAGAGGGAGGGGCAGGCUGUGUUGGCAGAGGCGUCAAGUGACGAGGAGAGCAGCGAGGAAGGGGGGGAGCAAGGGGAGGAAGGCGGGGAGGUGGACGGGGAGGGAGGGGCGGUUGGGCAAGCAGCAGGUAGUGAUAGUGAUGAUGACAGUGACGACCCAGACUGGACGUUAGGAGAUGAGGACGAACAGGAUGCAGAGGUGGAGGAGGGAGGCAAGGAUGAUGCGGGGCGUGUGAGGGGGUCGUGGGCGGCAGCUGUGGGGCAGAUGCUACGGCUGCUGCCUAGCUCCACCCGGGAGUCGAGAGGAAGCCUCAGGAGCCGCAGCAGCCCUGGCAGGUCGGGAGGGGGAAGUUUCGGCAGCAGCGGGUGGGGCAGGAGCAGCGGCAGCGUGGGCAGCAUUGUGGGCAGCAGCAGGGAGAGAAUGCUGAGGCUCAUGUCUCCGCUCGUGGCGCUGCCUUUUUAUGGGGCAAGGGGCGAGCCUGGGCGUGUGAUCAGGGAGAAGGGACGGCGCGAGGAGGAGGUUUUUCCGUUGGGAGGGCGCCGGGGAAGGAAGAGGAGGAGAGCGGGUAUGGAGGGGUGGGGCCGUGGUGUGGGCUGGGAGGGGAGUGGAGGGAUGGCGGUGGGAGUGGAAGAGGAGGGAGAAGGGGUGAGGAAGGAAAGGGAGAGAGGAGGGAUGGGGGUGCAGGAGGAGGGGGAGAGAAGGAGAGUGAGGGGAGAGGAGGCGAGGGUGGUGGAGGGAGGAGAGGGGAAGGAGGAGGUGGGAAGACGGCAACUAGAGGGGGGUGCUCCAGUAAUGAUGGCUGGGAUAGGAUUGGAGGAGGGGGAGGUGGAUUCAGAGGAGGAGGAGGAAGGGGAGGCGAUGAUGAUGGCAGGGCCGGGGGUAGUGGUCCGGCGGGUGGGGUCCUCAGACGAUGACUCUGAAGGGGUGGUGACGUAUGGCGGGUCGGAUGCGGUGUGGAUGAUGAGGGAGGGCGCACAGGAGGCGAAUGUUGGGGCAGGCGGGCUGGCGUGCUCUCAAUGGGGUGACGAUGAAGGCAUGGCGAUGAAUGGCGCCCACCUUCAUGUGGCUGAGAGGCGACCCACCAGCAAGUACCGAUAUGAUGAGUGGGACGAGGAGCUGGACAGGGGGCGCGUGAAGAAGGUGAAGCGCAAGGGAGAUGAUGAUGCACCCGACCCCAUGGCAGGCGAGCAGGACUCCUUUUCGCGCUACUCCGGCUAUAUCGCGCGCGCGGCGGGGCCGGGGGGCGACGAGUGGGCGGAAUACGAUGCGCGCGCCAUGGCGGAUUACUUCCGCGCGCGCCCGCUGCUGGUGGCGCGGCGGCUGGCGCAGAUCGGCGCGGUGAUGGGCGGGUGGGCGGGGAAGCGGUGGGCGGACGCGAAGCUGGGGCGCGCGGAGGAGACCUUCCAGGAGCGCGCAGGGGAGCUGCGCCAGGCGCUCGUGCUGCUGGGGCCGGCCUUUUGUGAAAAUCGCCCAGGCUGUCUCCUCCCGCCCGAGUAUGCGGAACGAGCUAUCCCUGCUGCAGGACCGCACAGCACCCUUCCCUCCUAUGUAUCCUCCCUCCGGCCCAACGCCCCCACUACCCCCUUGUUUCUCCCAUCAGGACGUGAUCCCACCGGAGACGUGAUCCCACCAGAGUACGUGGACGAGCUGUCCCUGCUGCAGGACCGCAUAGCGCCCUUCCCCACGCGCACAGCGCUAGACCUUAUCGAGGCGGAGCUGGGAGUGCCCGUUGACCUGCUCUUCGACCAGAUCUCGCCCUCCCCUGUCGCUGCCGCGUCGCUUGGCCAGGUGUACGAGGCGAGGUUGAGGGCAGGGGGCCAGCGGGUGGCAGUGAAGGUGCAGCGCCCGGGCGUGAGAGCGGCCAUCGCGCUGGACAUCUUCAUUCUGCGCCUGUUUGCCGGCUGGCUUAGGCAGUACAGACGGCUUAACACUGACCUGCAGGCUGUCGUGGAUGAGUGGGCUACCAGCCUCUUCAGGGAGAUGGACUAUGAAAUGGAGGCGCAAAACGGAAUCAAAUUCGCCGAGCUAUUCGGGCGGAUAGACAGGGUGGUGGUGCCGCGCAUGUAUCCGGAGCUCACCACUCGCCGCGUGCUCAUCAUGGAGUGGAUUGAUGUGAGAUGUGCUUGUAGCAGAUCGAUCGCAAGCCCUCCCUAUCUCACUCCAUCCCCUCCUCUCUCUCCCCUCCUCUCUCUCCCCUCCUCUCUCUGCAUGGCACACACACAGGGCCAGCGCCUGGCAGACAGCAAGGACGUGAGCCUUGUAGAGGUGGGUGUGUACUGCUCGCUGUCACAGCUGCUGGACUAUGGAUUCUACCACGCCGACCCGCACCCCGGCAACUUCCUCCUCACCCGCGACAACCGCCUUGCAUACCUGGACUUCGGUAUGAUGGGGCGCAUGGACCGGGACGUGAGGGAGGCGUUCAUCCGAGCAGCGGUGCAUCUCGUGAACCGCGAGUUCGACCUGCUGGCGGGGGACUUCAUCACUCUCGGUCUACUCCCACCGGGUCAGGAGAUGAGCGAGGUGUCAUUUGCCCUCACAGCCAUCUUCAAGGACGCUGUCAGCACCGGCAUCAGGAACAUCAGCUUCGGCAGCCUCGCCACUCAGCUCGGCCAAACCAUGUACAACUUCAAGUUCCGUCUGCCUGCUUAUUUCUCCCUCGUUGUCAGAAGUCUAUCAGUGUUGGAAGGGAUCGCCUUGAAACGAGAUCCUAACUACAAGGUGAUCGCUAGCUCCUACCCCUGGAUUGCCAAGAAGGUCCUCACAGACCCCUCGCCCCAGCUGCACUCCACCGUCACCAACCUGCUAUUCAAGGACGGGCAGUUCAGAGUGUCUCGGCUGGAGAGUCUGCUCAAAGAGGUGUGUGGGAAGGGGGAUGUGCGAGGGGUGAGGGAGAAGGGUGUGGGGGAGUGA